AUGUACUGCUCGGAUGUUGUUUAUUAUAUAUCUCUAGGAGUUUGCAUUUCUCUCGGCAGCUGCUAUAAAAAAAUUACUAAUAAUGAAAUGAAAAAGAAUUACGGAACAGGGCUUGGAUUGUUGCUCGUCUGUUUAAUAUGUGGAACUUCAAUUUAUCAUUCCGUGUUAAUGGUGUGGGGUAAUAUCGUAAUUAUUAAAUGUUGCGACCGAAGAUAUUUACAUCAAAUCAGCAUGGCUUAUACGUGGCUCUAUUUGUUGUACCUACAUUCGUAUGUGAUUAAUGAUUACAUUAUAUGGAUACAUCAAUCAAUGGCCUUAAAACUUGUCGGAUUAGCGUUUGAAAUGAAUGCGGCUCAUGUCAAGACGGAAGGAAAGACUCCUGUGUCGAAAAUUAAUCUUCGUGAUAUGGAUAACAUUCCGCCUGACCCAAGCGCAGCUGAUAUCAUAGCAUAUGCGUUUUAUUUUAUUGGACUCCAUAGAGGUCCUUACUAUAGAUAUAAAAUAUUUAACGAUCACUUCGAAAAUACGUUUGGACUUUUAGGAGAUUGCAGAAUUAUAACAGAACAAAAACUUAAAAAAGCAUUAGUUUGCGUUAUGGGGUACAUAAUUAUAAGCAAGAAUUAUUCUCCAGAGUUGUAUUACAAAGAUAUAUUCUAUACAAACUAUGGGGCAGACUCUCGUUAUUUGUACAAUAUUCCGCAGCUAGUGUUAAAUGUUCUUGAGUAUGAGGCUAUCAUGAUGUUGAGUACCAGUGUCUUCACGGAAACUGGUUUUGGAGUGUACCCAGCAAAAUGUCAACCUGUACCUGGUUAUGGACCCAGUGCCCAAUUUAGUUUUCUUACACUAGCGUCCGCGUCUCCAGAAAUAGCUAUUGAAGAGGAAUAUAACUUUUCAAUGCUUAAAUGUUUUGAUAACGAACGUUUGAUUCUUGGGCCGAAAAUGAGGAUGACGAUGAGAGCUUUUGACAUGCCUACUCGGUUCUGGUUUUGGGCUUACGUGCAGAAAAGCUUCCUAAAAUCCAAUAAGGAAGUCAGAAGCGCCUUUUCUUUUUUAGCAUGGACCGUGUGGUAUGGGCCUACGAUACCUAAGUUCAUAAUUUCUUCGACAUUGUGGGUGUACGUGCAUCUUGAAGAGGAGUAUAGUAUUUUGUAUAAUACGUCUGGUCCUAUGAAGUUACCUUGGGAUAUAGGUUUUUCGAUCAUGAGAAUAUUCUGCCUCCUGUAUCUGACACCGUGCUUCACUGUUAAAGAGACGCAUAUUGUACUUAAAUAUUAUAAUUCAAUAUUUUGGGUCUUCCAUUUCAUACUGCUGCUCAUGAUGAUCCUCUCUAUAAUACUGUACAAAACAAAACGUGAAUGA